AUGCGAGGUCAUGUAGUCGCUCCCCAUUAUACGGAUAGCCGAGAUGCAGAGCUGGAAGUCGCGGUCAGCCAACGUCGAUCUACGCAUAAACACUCAACUCUUCCAUCGAAGCACGUCGCGAGUUCCAUCGUCAUUGGGAUCGGGACAGUCAUCUGGUAUCGCAAAGAAACCAUCGGAAAUGCUUCGUCGGGUCAUCGACUUCCCGAAGCCAACCCGACGUCGGUUCUAUAUCCUUGCUACAAGUCAUUAGUGUUGCUAUGUAUGACAACGUAUACACAGGGAAAAGUUCCGAUCCCCUUCAGUGUCUUCCCGUCUGCGUAUCGGAACGCGGAAGUUAAGGAAUCUACCAGCGUCAAGGUAGAAGAACAGGAAGCACAGUUCGAGCAACAGGCUUCUCACGGACGGGAAGGUCACGAAGAGGUCCACGAAUCCUUCUCCGCUACCGUCCUCCCUCCUCCUCCGGCUCCCCAACAGCAGCAGCAGCAGCAGCAACACCACGACACUCACGUCAAGGAAGAGGUUCGCAUCUACGAAGAAGAGCGCCUCCGUCGUCCCCAGCCUCCCCAGCCCCAGCAGCAGUUCCAGCAGCCUCCCCAGCCCCAGCAGUUUCACGCUCAGCAGCCUCCCCAGCACCGUGAGGAGCUACAUAUCCACGAGCAGACUCGCUACAGACAGCCCGGAGCACCUCAGCCCCAGCCUCACUCUCAGCACGUUCAGCGUACUGACCGCCGACAUGCAGUCUCCACUUUUCCCUCACCUCCUCUAAGCUCUUCCUUGCCCAACCCAAAGCUGACCUUCCUUUCUUCCUUCAGCUACCAACCUCACCCCCAACCUCCUACAUCAUCCCACUCCCACGUCGAGGUUCAGGACAGGACCUACGAUAGACACUUCAAUACAGUCCACGGCCCUGCCACCGACUACGCUCCAUCCCAAAUCGACGUUACUGAACGUCAGAUUCGCGAACGUACCCGUCCCAUCGUCGCCGGUGCAAGCUACUCGAAGGAGACUUACACCACCAAGCACGACACCUUCCCCAGCAGCAAGCACGUCGAGUCUGUUGCCUCCCACCAGCCAUCUGAGGUUCGAGUAGAAACAUCUGCUCGUUCCACUGCCGCUCCCCCCAAGCACUUCAAGCGUGAUAUGGGAUAUUACGACAACGAGGGCCAAUACCACUCGCUUCGUCAAGGAAUCUCCCACGCCGCUCACAAGGUCGCCGACCGUAUCCAACACCCCAUCCACCCUCACCGUCACCACCACUCUCACGAGCACUCCUACCCCGGUGCCAAGUACGACGACGACCGUGAAGAGGUAAUCGUUAAGGAGAAGUACACUUCAGCUACUCCUUCCGUUGCCCCUGCCCGCCCCGUCCAAUCCGGAGCUCCAGUUGAAAGGGUCGUUCGCGUCCACAGCUCUCCUUCCCCUCCCAGGUCCACAGUCUCUGCUGCUGCACCUGCCCACUCCCACGCUCACGCUCACGCACCCGUCUCUGCUUCUAUCGCACCUGUCCCGACUUCUGUCCGUACAGUCCGCAAGAUGGCUUCCACCAAGACUAUCACCAUCCCCUGCCACCACAUCCGCAUUGGCGAUCUCCUGAUCCUCCAGGGCCGCCCUUGCCAGGUCAUCCGCAUCACCACCUCCUCCCAGACUGGCCAGCACCGUUACCUCGGUGUUGACCUGUUCACCAAGCAGCUCCAUGAGGAGUCCAGCUUCAUCUCCAACCCGGCUCCUUCCGUCGUUGUCCAGAACAUGCUUGGUCCUGUCUUCAAGCAGUACCGUGUUCUCGACAUCCGUGAGGAUGGUCGCGUUGUUGCCAUGACCGAGUCUGGCGAUGUCAAGCAGGGUCUUCCCGUCCUUGACCAGAGCGGUCUCAUCUCCCGUCUGACCGAGUCUUUCGACAACGGCCGUGGCAGCGUCCGCAUCCUCGUCAUCGAUGACGAUGGUAUGGAGAUGGCUGUCGACUACAAGGUUGUCCACGGAUCCAGGUUGUAG